UUUUCCCCUGCGUAUCGGGUUUUGAGUUAGUUAUCUAUAGAUACAUCCUGUGAAAUUUUGAUAAAGGCAAAAAUAAAAUGUCGUCAAAAAAGAAAGAAACGACUAGUGAACCAGCAUUUGAUCUCGAACAACAGUUUAUUUUAAGACUCCCUCCUGGACCUGCAAUGGCACUAAAACAAGACAUUCAAUCUUCAUCUAACACACUGAAGGACAGACUGAGUAUAGAAAUGCAGCCUGACUAUAGACAUGCAAAUGUCAGAUAUGGAAAUCAGAUUUUUCAUGGAAAGAUGGUUGAUAUGCCAUGCAUUGUCGAAACACUCAAAACAGUUGACAUGAAGACAUUUUAUAAAACAGCUGAUCUUUGUCAGAUGUUGAUAUGCAAAUCUGAUGAUGACACAAGUCAAGAUGAAAACGAGAGUCCGAAGAAAAAGGAGAAAGAUAAAAAAUACUUAUGGACUCACGGCAUUACAAGGCCGUUAAAGAAUGUCAGGAAAAGAAGGUUUAGAAAAACUCUAAAGAAAAAGUACAUGGAGCAACCUGAUAUUGAGAAAGAAGUGAAGCGAUUAUUUCGUACUGAUGCUGAUGCCAUUGAUGUUAAAUGGGAGGUGAUCACAGAGGAAGAGAAGCCUGAAUCUUCCGGACAAAUGACAGUCAGCAAGUCCAAAGGAUCCAGCUUAAAGAGGACAGACACUUCCACCAGUCUGGAUAACUAUGCCAUUUUUGGAGACCUCAGUAGCUCAGACGAGGAAGAAGAAAAGGAUAUAAACAUUAUGGAUAGUGGAGAGGAUGACAUGUCUAGACUCUCGUUCUCUCAACAACACAUGAGUUUUGACAGCAUGGAUUCCUCCAAUGUCGAGGGCCAGUAUGCCAGCACAGAUGCUGACAAUGCUGAGCUACAGGGCAAAUUGAGCGAGCUGAAGAGACAGGUGGCAGAAAUAAGGCAGAGGCGCGCGUCCCAGGAACAGAGUGAAUCCAACAUAACAGACCCCGAGCAAAAGGAAAAAGCUCAAGCUCUUUUGAAAAAGAUAAUCCAACAGGAAAAUGAGAAACUACAAGAGUAUGAAAUACUGUCUUCAAUGUUGUCGCAGUCCUGAGAAAAGAUGAAAGUUGCUGGUAACCAUGGUGACAAGAAGUGACAACUGGAGCCCUAACACUAGCAGAUUGGAUUCCAUUGAAUGGAUAGAAAAGAAUCAGCAUAGCUUGACAUUAUAGAUGGGGAUACAAUGAAUUGAAUGUGGUUAAACUUGUGAUUGUUGUCAUACAAAAACAUAACUAAAAACUGAAAUUCAUGUUUAGGAUACAAAUGGUACACACAAUUUACAAUCUUAGUUUUGUUGUUUGGUACUGGUACUAAUACUGUCAUCUAGCUAUAAGAUUAUGAUACUACAUUUGUAACAGUUUAGCCUAGUGAUUGCCACUGAUUGUUGUUGUUAUUCUUUGAUGUACAAAAGCUAUAUAUGGUAUAUAUAUGAAUAAAAUGGAAAAUAUAAAUUACAAUA